GUAUGAGAAAUAAAUAUAUUUCCUCAUGUUGACUUUCAGCAACCGCACACCCUAUUCUUCUUCCCUUAGCUCAUUCCUUGGAUUCCAUAGUCGGCAGACAGGGGCAGGUUUCUUCGGUCAUUUCUCGUCGGAUAAGAAGGCAGGUCUCUUCGGCCGUUUUCUCGGCUGCUAAGGACUCGUCGGACAAGGGCAAGUCAAACAGAUAAGGUCAGCUUGUCACUUGCAAUUUUGAUUUUAAUAAAUGGGAAAACAUAGCAGUAGUAGAGUGAGUGAGCUGUUUGGAAAUUUGGGUAGUUUUAUUAGAGCAUGCAUAUUUCGUGUUUUAUCCAUGGGACCCAUCCCCAAUCAUUUUGCCUUCAUAAUGGAUGGAAACCGGAGGUAUGCUAAGAAGGAGAACAUGAAAAAGGGGGCUGGUCAUAGGGCUGGAUUUUUAGCUCUUAUAUCCAUACUUAAGUACUGCUAUGAGUUGGGAGUUAAGUAUGUAACUAUUUAUGCCUUUAGCAUUGAUAAUUUCAAAAGGAAUCCUGAUGAAGUUAAAGACCUGAUGGAUCUGAUGCUAGAAAAGAUUGAGGAGCUGCUGAGGGACGAAAGCAUUGUGAACCAAUAUGGAAUCAGAGUAUAUUUUAUAGGUAAUUUGAAACUUUUGAGUGAACCUGUGAGGAUUGCAGCAGAAAAGGUUAUGAGAGCUACUGCCAAAAACACCAAUUGUACCCUUUUAAUCUGCAUAGCCUAUACUUCACGUGAUGAGAUUGUACAUGCUGUUCAAGGUUCGUGUAAAAAUAAACGGGAGGAUAUUCAACCAUUGAGCUUUUGUAAAGCUAAUAAUGGUGACAUUGAAGAAGUAGAGGAUGAUAAGAAGGUUCAUGGUGUCAUCCCAUUUGUUUUUUCAGAAUCCCAGAAAGAUGAAGCAGGUGAAUCUCAAGCAACAAUAGCAAGUGUAACCUGCAGUUGUCUGGCUAGAGGAGUUGAAGGGGGUGGCAACAAAAAUGGCAUGGUUGUUCGUGCUGUCCGAGGAUCCUAUGAAGAUAAAUGGGAUAACUAUCAAGCAGUGAUGGAAAAUAGAACUGGCAGUGGUGUGACUCCAUCCGAAGAGAACAAGAAUAUGCAGGGAGAGUGUUCUAUUGUAAAGCUAGUAGACAUUGAGAAACAGAUGUACAUGGCAGUAGCUCCUGAACCUGACAUCCUUAUUCGAAGUUCUGGAGAGUCCCGCCUGAGUAAUUUCUUACUUUGGCAGUCUAGUGAGUGCCUGUUAUAUUCUCCAGAUGCAUUGUGGCCGGAAAUUGGUUUAUGGCACUUGUUGUGGGCAGUAUUAAACUUCCAGAGAAACCAUUCUUAUUUGGAAAGGAAAAAGCAUCAGUUGUAACGAGUUAAUACUGCAGAACAAUAUCUUGUCACACAUUUCAUGUGAUAAUUCUGUUCUUGCCACUGAAUUCUUCUGGUAGUUGGUAAGCUUAAGGAUGUGACACAGAAAGCUUAAAUUUUCAAGCAUGGGCAUUUUUUCAGUUGCAUUUUUUUUUUCAGCAUAGUUUGGUUAACUAGUGAAACGAUAAGAAGCUUCCUUCGAUGAAAUAAAUACUUAUUGUCAUAUUAUCAUCAAGGAUCUUGAAUUUGAGCUUGAAUUUGCACUCAUUAAUAUAUUAAUAUACUAUAAUAUAAAAGUGAGUAUUCCGGGAACAGUGUUUGUGAAAUUGAUUUUGGGGGAUGUGAAUUACAAAUUUACCCUGUGAAUUUGGAUGUUGUGUCUUUUAAUUGAAAUGGUUUUUUUUUUUUUUUUUUUUUUUUGUCUUUUUUGGCCCAACUUCCCUUUUGCCUUUUCUGUUGUUUUUAACCAUGUCUACUUUACUUCCUUGCCCAUGGUCCUAAAAUAAAAUGACGACAUUUUAUUUUCCAUGCCUUUGUUUUCCUCCCAGCUUUGCUUUUGAUCCAGACCUAUUUUUGUGCGUUUCUUCAAGUUCACAGUAUUCUUAUUUUUAUAUCCCUGUCAUAUCUUUGGAAGUUAUGGAUGAGAUUUGGGGAGAUUUGUUGUUGAUAAACGAGAUCUCUGUUAGAGAGAGAACAAGGCAGAUGAGAGGGAGAGAGAGAGAGAAACAGAUUCUGCCACCACCCAAAGAAGCAUCACCGGAAGCAAUUGUUGGUGUUUCUUGCUUUGCUCCCACUCACAGGUAGCGAUUGAUUUCUUUUAAGGGAAAAUUAACUUGAGCAUUUAGAUUUCUAUUUUCUUGGAGUAACCUCCCCGUUGAUCACCAUCAAUUGAUGGAUUUGGGUUGUAAGGAGAUAGAGAAACCAGUGAGACAAGAAGAAAACUCAAGCAGAUGGUGGUAAGUCCUGGGGAAUGUAUGGUGGUAAAUCCUGGGGAUUGUUUCUAACAAAAUCUCUUUUGUUUUGACUCUGCAACUUUCUAGUUUCCAGUUGUUUAUUAUGCAUAUAUAUUGGAGACAUGAUUUUAUUUUAUUUUAUUUUUUGAAGUAGGAGAUAUAUUUUAUUAGUUUCAUGUAAAACAUGUAAAACAAGAAGAAAGUAUUAGUAUUAAAAUUUUACAUGUGUUCAACUUUUGAUUACUCAAAUAAAUUCUGACUCCUUUUUUUCUUAAUUUAAAAUAAUCAAACUUUUCUUCUUCACUUCUUAGCGUAAAAUGUAUAUAAAUCAAAUAUAUGAAUAAUUAUUUUAAUUUAGAUACAAAGAUUGAGUUAAUUAAUCAUUUAAAUUAGUCAAAUAAUGAAAAAUACGCUCUAUUUAAUGAUAAUUUUUAGUCAGUAUUUAACUUCAUAGUCUUUCAAAUUUAAUUUUUAUUUUUUUACUAGCUGAAUUACUAUAAUAAGAGCAACUUUUUUUUUAAUAAAUUACUUUAGUUCAGUCCAGUUAACAUGAUUUUGUUAUGAGAACAAAUAUGAAACAAAGGGAUUAUAAAUGGUCUUUUUUUAAUUAAUAUAUUUAUCUAAUUGAUUUUUAUGAAAGCAACAAAGUAGGCAGUUUAUAUAUUUUGACAUUAUAUGGUGGAACCUACUAUUAAAUAUGGGUCUCACAUAUUUAUAUCUUGGAUCUAGGAUGAACCGGGUAUAGGUAAGAAUUUCUAUUCGACUAGUUGCUUUUCAGAGUCUCCACAGGCUAAAUAGGAGAAAACAGAUUAUCAUAAUAAUAAAAAAUUAUUAUUUUCUACUCGACCAAUUAACCUACUGGCUAUAUGGUACAUCAACGUACAUUAUCAUUUUCCCAUAAAUGGAAUUCAUUUUACUGAAAGCAAUAAAGCAGGGGAACUGGUUUUGAUUAGGCAAUUAGCUUGUUGAAACUGGUCUUUUUUUCAUAAAAAUAAUAUAGAAUCUCUUUGAAAGCUAUUACUAUUGAGAGCUGAGAGCUUGAGGUUGAUCAUCAUGGAAAGAAAGAUAAUUCUUCAUAGCAUUAUUCGUGAGGGGAAAUUUGUAAGCUUUCUCUUCCUUGUUCUAUACAUUCACGUUCUCUUUUUCCUUUGUUGUUUUUCCUUUUUAUUGUUCUUGGGAUUUUGAUUGUGUGUGAUUUUGUCUUUAUCAGCAUAUUCCAGGAGAGUUUUGGAGGAAAUGUGGGCAAGAUCUGUCGAGUACUGUAGUCCUUAAAGUCCCUGGUGAUUCUAUAUGGCAUGUGGAGCUGUUGGUGUGUGGUCAUGACGUUUGGUUGGGAAAUGGUUGGCGAGAAUUUGCAGGUUAUUACUCUCUAGCCUUUGGGCACUUGAUACCUUUCAAACACAAAGGAGACUCCAUUUCCAUUUAUUCAUAUUUGACAAGAGUGCUACGGAGAUAAAGUAACCAUGUGGUAGCAUCGGUGCUGGGAAACCAAAACUCCAAAACCCAAAAAUGGAAGAUAAUAAUGAUUAUCUGCCAUCAAGCAAGAAAAGGGGGGAGAAAUCACCGUUUCUACAGCCUCCUAAUUAAGUGGACGGGAACUGAUUCAGCAACGAAUGAAGGUAUGAUAUGAUUCUGCCUUUUUCUUUUUUACCCAAACAAAACUCUUCUUUUAGCUUUUUCUAUUGUACUUUUCUGAUAAUUGUGAUAUUUGAUGAUUCUUGACUGGAUGAUAAAUAAUGAAAUUGAACCUAAAACUUGCUUUGAAGGUAACACAAGAAUCUAAUUUUUGCCUUCAGCUCAAUAAUCUUCUUACCUGGAAAAUUUAAAGAUGAACCUUACCUGAUCUGAGAACUGGGCUAUCUUAUUGAUUCUGCAAAACAAAUAUUUGUUCAUCUGUUAGUUGGUGUAAUGUAGGAAAGUCCAUGCCAGUGAUGUGCAAAAAGAGUGAUUUUGGGCUAGCUACAACAAGGCCUUCUUCAUGUUUGAGUACCUUUCAAGCUCUUCAAGCUGCCAACAACUUCACCUCAGAGUAUCCAUCUUUCAAGCUUAUUGUGCCUUCAUAUCACUGGAAACAUUGCAAUGUGGUAGGGUCAUCAGUUCUUUUAAAUAUAGUUAAACUAACAUAUUAACCAGAAAUAACUUGAUAUUUUAUUUGAGCUUGGUUGUGAAGACUUGCAAACUUGUUGCUAUGGAGAAACCUGCGUAAAUCAGAAAAUUAGAUGAUACCUUAUGAUAAAUAGUUAGGCUUGCUAGGUUUCUGGGUUGAUUAUCAAAUUUUAACUUGAGUUGGAUACCUGCCACCCUGCAGCCAUCUCCUACGUUCAUACACAUCGAAAGCUUAUGUUCAAAUUUUAUUAUUACAUUUAUAAUGACACUAUUUAAUCUCCAUACAGACCACACCAUGUCGCUUUUUCCGAAGGUAUUUUGAGCAUAAGGCUGAGAAUGCUGUACUUCAGGUUGCAGACAGAGUAUGGCCUGUGCAGUUCAAACCUGCUCUAAGAAAUCACUCAGUUGCCCUAAACGUGGGUUGGCGUGCCUUGGCAACCCAAAAUUCUCUGGAAGCUGGAGAUGUUUGCAUCUUUGAGCUGAUCAAGAGUAAUGUUAUGAAAGUAUCCAUUUUCUGAAGUGUCAAUUGCAAUUCCGUGAAUUGUUUUUGCUGGAACCAGUUUAUGGCAGUCAUAGACUGUAAGAUAACUAUACUCAACUCAACUAAGCCUUUAUCCCAAAAAUUUGGGGUCGGCUAUAUGGAUUCGCUUUUUUCACUCUGAAUAAUUUUGGGUUAAAUCCUCAGUAAUGUGUAAAGAAAGAUAACUAUGUUUCUAUAAAACUCUGUUGCCUGUGCU